AUGCUUCGUACGUGCUGUAGGAGAGCCGUCCCGCUAAGACAGUUUUCGGUCUUAUCUACCUUGGGCAAUAGUAGCAAUGCAGGGGAGCAUAGAGCGGAACCUAAUGAGUCUGCUGAAUUGACCAAAUUCAAGCCAAUGUCAGACGCUCAGCUAGCAUAUUUGGAUAGGGUGGUUAGGGUGGACCAGGCUGGUGAAUUAGGAGCAAAUUACAUUUAUGCGGGUCAAUUCUUCGUACUUGCCAAUAGAUAUCCACAUUUGCGCCCUGUGUUGCAACAUAUGUGGGAUCAAGAGAUUCACCAUCAUGAUACAUUCAACAAUUUACAGCUGAAAAGGCGUGUGAGGCCUUCAUUAUUGACACCGCUUUGGAAAAUUGGAGCAUUCGCAAUGGGUUCUGGGACAGCUUUCUUGUCACCAGAAGCGGCAAUGGCAUGCACGGAAGCUGUCGAAACUGUUAUUGGGGGGCAUUAUAAUGACCAGCUUCGCUGUCUCAACAAUCAAUAUGAAUUGGAAUCAGAAGAUGGAACUAAAGUUGGACAAACUGUAGAAUUGAAAAAUUUACAAGCUACUAUCAAACAAUUCAGAGACGAAGAAUUGGAACAUUUGCAAACAGCUAUUGAUUACGAUUCGCAUAAGGCAGUCCCAUACAUUCUUUUGACGGAGGGGAUCAAGACUGUUUGCAGAGUUGCGAUUUGGGCAGCGGAACGUGUGUGA